AUGCCUUCCCUCACAGCGUCUCCAGCCGCUGCUGCUGCCCCUCAAAGGGUAAAGCAGAAUGGCAACACAUCGAUGCCUGCUGUGCCUAGCAUUAUUGAUAUUCGUGGUGAAAUUGUCGAGAUGAACCUCAAAGAUGAGAUCGCCACAUCUUUUAACCCUGAAGAUGGUCCACGAAAGCUUCCUACCCUUCUACUAUACAACGAGAAAGGGCUGCAGCUCUUUGAGGAAAUCACAUACUUGGAUGAGUAUUACUUGACAAAUUAUGAGAUUGAGAUUCUGAAGAAGAACUCGGCCGAGAUUGCCAGUCAGAUCCCUGAGGGUUCUAUGGUCAUUGAAUUGGGGAGCGGAAGAAACCUCCGCAAGAUUUGCUUGCUUCUACAAGAAUUUGAGAAGGCUAAGAAGCCAAUCCAAUACUUCGCUCUGGAUCUAUCUCUUAAAGAGCUUGAGCGUACUUUGGCUCAAGUACCCGACUUCAAAUAUGUCUCCUGCCAUGGCCUGCUUGGUACAUACGACGAUGGACGGGAAUGGCUUAAGCAUCCUUCUCUCACGAGCCGCUCCAAGUGCAUCAUUCACCUCGGUUCCAGCAUUGGAAAUUUCACACGAGAUGAAGCAGCCGACUUUUUGGGAGGGUUCGCAGAGGUCCUCACGCCAACUGAUUCCAUGAUCGUUGCGGUUGACUCUUGCAGCAACCCAUCCAGUGUUUACCAUGCAUACAACGACUCCCAAGGGGUAACCCAUAAAUUUAUUCUAAAUGGCCUUGAUAACGCCAAUGAGAUUCUCGGCGAACAAGUCUUCAACACUAGCGAGUGGAAGGUUAUUGGUGAGUACGUCUACGAUAGUGAAGGCGGGCGACAUCAGGCGUUUCUCGCUCCGACACGACCCACGGAUGUUCUCGGUUCAAAGAUCAUGCCCCACGAGCGGGUAUGGAUCGAACAAAGUCUCAAGUAUUCCGAGGAAGAAAAGACAAAGCUUUGGAAACUGGCAGGUCUGACCGAGAUGGGUCGCUGGACUCGGGGAGAUGAGUAUGGACUUCACCUUUUACAGAAGUCGAGUAUGCCGUUCAGUUUGAUCCCCUCUCUCUACGCCGCCAAACCUCUGCCAACGGUCCAAGACUGGAAGGCACUUUGGAAGGCAUGGGAUGUUGUGACCAAGGAUAUGAUUGCCGACGAGGAGCUUCAGGAAAAGCCCAUCAAAUUGCGAAACGCCUGCAUCUUUUACCUUGGUCAUAUCCCGACCUUCCUCGAUAUCCAGUUGACCAAGACUACCGGUCAACUACCAACCGAUCCCUCGUCCUACUACUCCAUCUUCGAGAGAGGAAUCGAUCCUGAUGUUGAUAACCCUGAGCAGUGCCAUACUCACUCUGAGAUUCCUGACGAGUGGCCUCCUGUUCAAGAAAUUACCGCAUACCAAGACAGGGUUCGAUCUCGUCUGCAAAAGCUUUACCAGAAUGGCCAAGACAAGAUUCCUCGAGAUAUCGGCCGGGCUAUCUGGGUUGGUUUUGAGCACGAGCUGAUGCACAUUGAGACUUUGCUCUACAUGAUGCUUCAGAGUGACAAGACACUUCCUCCCCCUCACACAGUACAGCCUGAUUUUGCAAAAUUGGCUCAGCAAUCGUACGAAGCUAGAGUCCCGAAUCAGUGGUUUGAUGUCCCAGAGCAGACGAUUACUUUGGGAUUGGAUGAUCCCGAGGAUGGUACCGACCCCUCACGCCAUUUUGGCUGGGAUAACGAGAAGCCUGCACGACAAGCGAAGGUCCAUGCAUUCCAAGCUCAAGGCAGAGCUAUUACCAAUGAAGAGUAUGCUCAGUACUUGUACAACUCCAAGAUCGAUAAGAUCCCAGUUUCGUGGUCCUUGGUUGCUUCUGGCAAACAAGAUGGUGCUACCAACGGUCAUCACACUAACGGACAUACAAAUGGUUACUCCAACGGAAAUGGAAACGGCUACCACGCAAACCAAGUUCCCGACUCGUUCAUUGACGGCAAGUUCGUUAGAACCAUGUAUGGUUUAGUUCCUCUCAAGUAUGCACUUGACUGGCCUGUAUUCGCUUCAUACGAUGAGCUUGCUGGUUGUGCUGCAUGGAUGGGUGGUCGAAUCCCCUCCUUCGAAGAGGCAAAGAGCAUCUAUGCGCAUGUAAACAAGCAGAAGAAGGCAGAGGCUGAACGUAUUCUGUCCAAGACGGUUCCCGCUGUCAAUGGGCACCUUGUCAACGACGGCGUUGAGGAGACCCCACCAUCCGACUCUUCAGUUUCGGUCAAGGAUAGCUCCUCUGAGCUAUUCUUUGACCUAACCGACGCCAAUGUCGGUUUCCGUCACUGGCAUCCUAUGCCAGUUACCUCUCGGGGCAACAAACUUGCUGGCCAAGCCGAGAUGGGCGGCGUCUGGGAGUGGACAAGCUCGACUCUCGAGCGCCACGAAGGCUUUGAGCCCAUGUCUCUGUAUCCUCUGUAUACAGCCGACUUUUUCGACGGCAAGCACAAUGUUGUUCUCGGUGGUUCGUGGGCAACGCACCCACGUAUCGCAGGACGGGCGAGUUUCGUGAACUGGUACCAGAGAAACUACCCUUACGCCUGGGUAGGAGCCAGACUGGUGCGGGACAUUUAA